GCUGUCUGCUCUAGUAAGCACUGCUCUUAAGUCCUCUACCCAAACCACUGCUGUGCUCUGUGUUUGGAAAGUUGAGCAAGUCAACUGACUCAUCUCAUCUCAAAAGAUGGGAAGUGGAAUCAGUUCAGAGAGCAAGGAGUCAGCCAAAAGGUCAAAAGAGCUGGAGAAAAAGCUUCAGGAAGAUGCUGAGCGAGACGCGAGAACUGUUAAGCUGCUGCUGCUGGGAGCAGGUGAAUCUGGAAAAAGUACUAUUGUUAAACAAAUGAAGAUCAUCCAUAAGAAUGGUUAUAGUAAACAAGAAUGCAUGGAAUUUAAAGCAGUGAUCUACAGUAACACACUGCAGUCAAUCUUAGCCAUUGUGAAGGCUAUGACUACACUUGGGAUUGAGUAUGUGAAUCCCAGAAGUGGAGAAGACAAACAACAACUUCACGCGAUGGCAAAUACACUAGAAGAUGGUGACAUGACGCCCCAGCUGGCUGAGGUGAUUAAGCGACUGUGGGGAGACCCAGGAAUUCAGGCCUGCUUUGAAAGGGCAUCAGAGUACCAGCUCAAUGACUCUGCGGCUUACUACCUUAAUGACUUAGAUAGAAUCACAGCCCCUGGGUACGUGCCAAAUGAGCAAGAUGUUCUACAUUCUCGAGUGAAAACGACUGGUAUCAUUGAAACUCAAUUCUCCUUUAAAGACUUGAACUUCAGAAUGUUUGAUGUAGGUGGACAGAGAUCAGAGAGAAAGAAAUGGAUCCACUGCUUUGAAGGAGUGACGUGCAUUAUAUUUUGUGCUGCACUAAGUGCCUAUGACAUGGUGCUUGUAGAAGAUGAAGAGGUGAACAGAAUGCAUGAAAGUCUACACCUGUUCAACAGCAUCUGUAAUCACAAGUAUUUCGCGACCACCUCCAUUGUUCUGUUUCUCAACAAGAAAGAUCUCUUCCAGGAAAAAGUAACCAGGGUGCACCUCAGCAUCUGCUUCCCAGAGUACACUGGACCAAAUACAUUUGAAGAUGCAGGAAACUACAUCAAAAACCAGUUUCUAGAUCUGAAUUUAAAAAAAGAAGAUAAGGAAAUCUACUCUCACAUGACCUGUGCUACUGAUACACAAAACGUCAAAUUCGUGUUUGAUGCAGUGACAGACAUAAUAAUAAAAGAGAAUCUCAAAGACUGUGGGCUCUUCUGAGCAACCUCUUUUCUUCCAUUUGUGGUGGUUGUAGUCUGUUCAAGACAUCAAAGGUGCUGUGUGACUAGCUCCAGUAGAUACUAACUUAUUUAGAAAUGUAACUAGCAUUAUAAAACAAAAGUUUCACACAAAAAAAAUGUUACUGUAUUAUCACCUGUAUCUGGCUAAGGUUUUAUUUCCUUGGGGCAUGGAAGGUAAAAUUUCUUGUGUUCUCUAUCUAGAAUGUGAUGUAUCUUGGUAACUAUCACAAUAUGCAUUCAUGUAACUAAACUUUCUUGGAGAUGGGCUACAAGUGGCCAAUUUUUAAUAAUAGAAUAAAUUACAGAAUGUGCUAGAACAUCUUCCCUAGCUACAUUUUGAAAAGCAUUCAAUGCCAUGUCUGCACUACAGGAACUGUACAAAACUGAUACAGUGCAUAAAACUUGGCCAUCUACCCUUCAUUUAGGCUGCCACAAGGCAUACAUGGUUCAUGCUUUUGUUGAUGGAAAAUUGUAAAUGUAAAAUAAAUAUGUACAAUAUUUCUAAGUGGCAUGGGGUAUUAUUAAAAGUGAUAACCUGAGCUUUGUGGUGACAAUUCUAGACUUUAAGAGAAAAAGAUUUAUUUAAUAGAAUGUUUUCUAUUUUGUAGAUUUGAAAAUAGUAGCAAACAGGAGAAUUUUAAAUGACAGCUAUUGAAAUUCUCUAUUGGAACUGAGUGGUCUGUUCUAACUCUAUAUUAUUGGUGCCUUACAAAUUGAAGUGUCUUACUUACACAAAUAUAAAGUUGUCAGUGCUUUCAUCUUAAAUCACUUUUUGAUGUCAUUCAUCCUUCUGUAUUUGUGAAAAUGGAUCUAUAAAACAGACUUUUAGAACAGUGAAAUUUAUGAUUCAUAAGAGAUUAAAUUGGAUUUCUUUUACAAGAAAAGAGUGAUGCAAAGAAAAAAAAACACUGGCCAAUCUGCAGCUCAGGUAGCCCUUGACAUUUCUGACUCUCAAAAGUGCUA